AUGUCUGUUGAAGACAAACUGAAGCAAGGUCCCAGAGAUGGAGUUUCUUAUCCUCUUCAUGUGAUUUAUUGUGGUAAUUGUUCAAUGCCUUUAGAGUAUUGUGAGUAUUAUCCAGAGUAUGAAAAAUGUAAACAGUGGCUUGAAAAGCACUUGCCAGAAGAAUUCGAGAAAGUCAGAAUAGGUGAUGACAACCCUGUUGAAGAAGAGAAGAAGCGACAAAAACGGGGUGGAAAAGGUAUGAUCAAAACUAAGAAAAAAGAGGAUGGUCCAAAACAAGUGUGUGUAUCCAGGGCACCUAGAGGAAAGAAGAAGUCUGUUACAGUAGUUACAGGGUUGAGUAGUUUUGAUAUUGAUUUAAAAGUAGCUGCAAAAUUUUUUGGCACACGAUUUGCCUGUGGCUCAUCAGUUACUGGUGAUGAUGAAAUUGUUAUACAAGGAGAUGUGAAAGAUGAUCUAUUUGACAUUAUACCUGAAAAGUGGCCAGAGAUUGAUGAAGACCUCAUAGAGGAUCUAGGUGAUCAGAAGAGAUAA